AUGCCUACUUUUGCCAAGGGGAGAUCCAGGGAUUUCCUUUCCUUUUAUAUUUCGACUGUGGCCGUCGUUUCAGGAUAUUUUAUGCAACACGAUCGACAACUCAGGAAGGUAGAUGCAUUUCCUUUCUUGAUUAUCCUGCACAUUUGUUGUUUUUAUGCGUGCAUCUCAGUUGUAGCAACUAUAUCAACGUCACAUUUUUAUUUUAACGUUAUCACAUUGCACAGGCUCAAUCAUUGUAAUCCAUCAUGCACAUUGCAAUCUACUUCUAAUCCUGGCCCCUUUCAUCUGCCCAUUUUUUCAAGCUCAUCCAAGUCUUCAAAUUCCAUUCAUCACCUUUUCAAACGUCGCGAGCCCCCCACAUCGUUUGACGUUCCUGAAGUGCUCCCACAUGACCUGGCCAUCAUCAAACGCUCAGUUCCACUUUUCUAUUAA